AUGCCUUCUAAGGAACCCGACGUCCGGUCGGCGUGGGAACGUCGAUUUGAUCGCAAACCCGUUUCUUCGAACCCCGUCUACGCUGACCUCGACGUCGAGCACAAUGAACUGGUCCAGACCUGGAAAGCCUUCAUCCACCACCUACCCCCAGAAGACCGCGUGCAAUGGGAACCGCGACCGCAGACCGCUACCGAUGUCCACACUCUCAUGCAAUCCCUAAAAAGCUACUGGAUGGAGCGUCCUCGACAACGCGUCUUCCGCCGUGCCAUCGUUCUCUGCGAUAAAUUCCUCCCAACUGUUGACACCCAUGCCCUCGUGCUUGUCGCUCUACCCGAUGGAGCUCGCUAUUAUAUUCCUCUACUUUACGCGGUCCUACAAUCUGUGAUCAAGGCUUCGUCAAACUACCCCUUAGUAAUUGAAGGAUUUAUUACAACCAUGCUCGAUAUCAACCUUGCCCUACAACUCCCCGGGAACCCGAACUCCUCUGAUGUAGAACCUAUCGCGAGGACCUAUGCUUUAGUUUUCUUGCUUCUCACCGAGUUCAUGGAUUGGUAUCGGCAAGCUCGGACAUUCAAUGGAGCGGAUGACAUGGAAAUCGAUAAUGAACGCGAUGCAGCCUAUACCCCCCGCUCACUCUGGGAAGAGUCCCAGUUGAGUCAAGUGGGACGUCAUGGGGACCGUCGCCGCCAUGCGGCUCAAAAUACCAUGACACGGCGGUUGAUCUGGGAUAUUCAACAAGACGCCGAAAAGCGAGAUCGCCUCCGAGAGACUCGAGAGCAGCUUUUAGCUCAAGUUCUCCGAGCCGUGGACGGCAAACUCGACCCUGUUAAUGAGAAGAGCAGCGAUAUUGUGUGUCUGACCACAGCGGCACCGGACUUGGUCACGCCUCAUUUCGAAUGGUCCAGAGGGUCCAAGCGUCGCCUGGCUCGCCUGGAGCUCCAGAGCGAAUCAAAGCAUCUCCAACCGUUCUUCGACAGUGACGACCAAAUCGCAGAGUUAGAACCUGAUGAGAAGGUGGUGGUAGAGGCUAGUGUAAUCACCGCCCUGCGAAAAUGGGUCACCAGUCCUCGUUCCCAGGCAUUGGCCGUGGGCGGGUCGGCAUCCACGACUUUCCCCAGCCCAGUAGGUCGUCUCUCGGCGUGCUAUGCUUCCUUUGCCCGCGAGGCCCGCCUACCCCAGGGUCUCAUCGCUCUCACUUACAGCCUAAUCCGACAAAUGAUUGAUACCCUUCCGACUGUGGUGGACAGCGACUCUCUUCUCGACUUGACUGCCGAGCGGUUCCGCAAAGUGGAUGGGAGUCUCGCCAGCUGGACAGCUGCACUAUCACUAGUGGACACCCUGUUGCAUUUUGCACCACCAUUACUUGUCUGCAUCAUCGACGGAAUCGACAAAAUCCACGACGAGUCAACGGAUGUCGCCUUGCGAGAGCUGCUUCGAGUGCUACUCACUCACACCCGGCACCAGCCCCCCGUUAGCGGGGACAGUCCAGGGCCAGCAUUUCUGUUCAAAGUCCUCUUCACAGUCGCUGUCCGACCCAGCGCGUUGGUGGACACCAUGUCUGAAAAUGAACUGGUCCUCAGUGAAACCGCCUUGCCAGAAGAGCUUAACAACCCCGAUGCAGUCCUGGCAUCGGAUCUCGCGCAGUCGCAAUGA